UACUAUUGAGAACAAAUUGAAAGUUUAAUGGAUGGAAUCUACCUCAGAAUCAUGGUUUAGUUAAUUUUUAGAACAGUUAUUUGAUUUCGGUAUGGAAAGUUAAAAAAAAUUAUGCAAAAUGCCCAAAACUAUCGAACUCACAGUUGAAAUUGUUGUGCAAAGAGUUACCUGUCCAGGCGUGUGGCUGUGUCAAGAUGGCUGUGUGUCGCUCAUCGUGUCCGCUCUGGGCACAAGCUAUGAAACCUGUACUCUACCACCCACCUUCCCCCUUGAUUUCAAGGACAGAUUGUACUUCCGGAAGAGUUUCCAAGAAACCUGUGCAUUGAGUAACAUAUGUUGUUUAUUGAAAGAUGAAACCUUAUACUGUGAGCUAGUGCAAUGGUCCCAGAACUGUGAGUCUGGUGAAUGUAUCAUCCUCGCCCAGUACCUCGGCUCCCUUAGUGAUGUUCUGUUCCCGCCAAAGAUGUGUUGCAGUGAAGGCGUGGACUUACUCAUGAGGAGGUCCAAGAAUUAUCCUGGUAUUCUCUCGCCAAAGAUCGAGAUAGCUACAAAAGUCCGCAUAGAUGAAGUUUGGAACAACAAAUCUGACCAAUUUAAUGUGAAAAUUCAGAGCACCAAAAAUAACACCGGUUGUAACUGUAUGCCUCGUUCAGGGCCAAGACAGAAGGCCGUCUGCCACACUCCAGAGUACCACAGGUGA